CUCCCGGUUUUGUUUUGAAGCCACAGUCCCCCUGGGAGCCUGCGCAGCACGGCCUAGGAAACACCCAGCCAGGCCCCGAGGCCUGGGCUCCUGGCCAACUGGGAGUUUCACUUUCUCAGGAAGUGGCUGAGAGCUCUGAGCAGGGUGGGAGGAAAGGCAGGCUGGCCUAGAGCUCGCUUCACCCGGGGUCCCUGGGAGCUGGGGCUCUGCUGGGGGCAGAGAAGAUCCCUAAAUCCGGAGGAAGGAAGCGGGGGGCUCUGAGGAAUCCACCGCCUGGGUCUGAGAGCACAGUCUGCACAGGCAGCCCUGUGGGGCUCAGACAUUAUGGAGCAGGGACCCGCUGGGAGCUCUGCAGCCACUGGUGGGGCCCAGGGCACAGUCUUUAUUAGAACCUUAACUGGCAGCGUGGGUGCCGUGGAUGUGCGUUGGGAUGACUCCGGGGAGGAUCUGAAGAGGAAGGUGAUAGAGGAAAACAUCCACCCCGGCGAUGUUGAUGGGCUUAGACUGAUAUUCAAAGGCAAACAUCUGGAAGAUGCCAGGAGCCUGCGGCACCAAGGGCUGACCAAUCACUGCACUCUCCAUGUGGUUCGUCGCUUGCGCGGUGGUGGUGAUAUAAGUUCCCUUCCUCCAGUCUGUGACUUUCCUGCUGUAACUGCACAAGGCAGAGAGGAAGCCCAGCCACCCCAUUCGUCAUCUCCAGACAAAGAAGAACCUGAGGAACAAACACGAGAAGCAAGAAGAGCAGUGGCUGCGUGUAGAUACUCUGCCGUGUUAAAGGGAAAAUGCAAGAGGUGUAUCGGAAAGAUCCUUCCAGAGGUAACGCCAGAGAUUGUUCCAGGCACAGAGGAGAACAGGACCGUCUACAGAGCUCGCAUCCCCAGCGCUGGCUCCUUCCGCUGCUCCGAAACGGGGCUUGGCUUUGAGGUGAGUGCAGCAGUGACCGUCGAGUACGAAUACGGCUCCUGGGCGGAGAGUCUGAGCCCAUCUGCCAGGCAGGAGUGGAUGGUCGCCGGCCCCCUGUUCCACAUCAGGGCCGAGCCCGACACGGUGCGAGCCGUGCACCUCCCCCACUUCGUGUGCCUUGCAGGUGCUGCCAGCUCAGGGUGUUUCAAUCUCACUCCCCUCGCUCUCCCAUCUGCAGACGGAGGGGAUUUAAGUUCAUGCCAAAUCGCCCAUUUUGAAGCUGGCCACAUGACCCUGGAAACUCCAACGAGAAUCCAUCUCUUCCAUGUUGUCCUGGAGAAUCCCAGCUUCUCCCAGCUCGGCGUGCUUUGGAGAAAGAUACGUUCGACCGUAACGUUUAUUCCCAUCCAUUCCCUUGUGCUGAUCUACCGGGCACUCAGGGCUGCAGACAUAACUCUCCACCUCUACCUGAUCCCCAACGACCACUCACUCAGGAAGGCCAUUGAAGAAGAAGAAACGAAGUGGGAGUCAAAGCUCGUUCCCAAACCUCCUCAGACCAGUGCGCUGUACUUUGGAUCUCAGUAUGAGGUGUCUGGUACAUCAGAGCUAAAGAUAACACCUGACCACCUGGAGCUCUGCUAUAGAAGCCCCGCAGACCAGCAGUCCUAUAUUGAGCUCUACAUGACGGCUAUGGAGGAGGAGAUCAAGCUUCACAUGAAAGACAGAAAAGAUGGGAAAUUGGUUUGGAAGACGUUUGUGAGGCCAGGGGAUGUUCAAAUUCCUGCAGCAUCCUCCCAAACACUCCCAGCUCGAGGCGAGUCCUUUGUGAGGAAGCACCGGGAGCAGCUCCGUCGUCGAAUGGGAGUGAUCUAUCCCAUCCUGGCGCGCUUACGGGACAUAGAGGCAAUGAACAGUGAUGAAGAGGAGGAGGUGCUUAGUAUGCAGAACAAACAAAAGGUGAUGAACGAGGCCUUACUGCAGCUGGUUGAGCGGAAAGGAGCUCGGGCCCAAGAAGAACUCUACCAGAGUCUCAGAGAGACCGACCCUUACCUUGUACAGGACUUGGAACAAUCCAGCUAGGGCCUGGAGAUCCCGCUGACAGCCACCUGUGCUCCUGGCAGCUGCCCCUGCCAGUCUGGGGUGUGAACAUAUUCUUCCCUUUGUUACUUACGCAGCAACAUAAAGCUGGUGUGAUACGAGGAGCUUUUAAUCACAGUCUCCUUUAGGCCACCGCUACCUCUCACUCUUCCUUGGUCUCUCAGCAUUUCUUCUUGGGAUCUACCUGCUCUCAUCUUCUCCUACUGACAGUCUGGGGGAGCAUUUCCUUCUGUCCUCUCGACAAAAUAGGGGUCUUAGGCUCCCGGACGUCAGUACCUUGUAGACCCCUUUGUGCAAGGUUUCUGCAUGUUUUCUCCUCAGAGACUGAAGAAGGGGUUGCAUCUUUCCAAACAUACAGCCGAUCUCUCAGUUAACCAAGCUUUAUUUGGAAUGAAAGAGAGGAACAUUUUUAAAUAAACAUAAAUCAUUUUUUCUCAUCUCCAAAUGUUAGCCUCAAUUUUAGAAAAGUGUUUUUCCUGUUUCGUUGCAGAAAAGGAGGAAGACAAGGAAAGUUCUGACAUGAUCCAGCAGACAGAUUAGCCUUCUGCCCAUGUCCUGCCCCAGAGAACCUACGCUAGAGCUGACUUCCUUGGUCUGGCCCAGCACCCACCCCCCUGUGUGGGACCAUCCCGCUGGCUUUCAGCGCGUCACUCUUCAGUAGAACUGUAGCGGGUGGUUCCCCGCUCCUGCUGGGAAGGCCUUAAAACAGCUGCAGCUGAGCUGAUUGGGGAAGCAGCCACAGCUGGGCCACGCCCCAUCAGGCCACAGCUGGCCUGGAUAAAGAGGCUGUGAGCCAGGAGCCUCUCUCUGCCUUCAGAGGGAGAAGGGCCUGGCUGCAGGGAGCUAGACACAGGGUACCUGAGUCGAGCAGGGCUGGGGAAAGGCUGGGGAGCUCCAGCCUGGAAAGCCCCAGGCUGCAGCCUAGGAGAAGGCAAAGGGGUACUGGGGGUUGCAGAGGGCAGCCCAGGGCUAGGCCAAGGCAGCAGGUCCAAACCCAACCUUGCCGAUGAUGAGUGGCCUAUACUGCAGUCUACCCCAGGGAGCGGGGGCUAGUUGGAGACUGGCAGUGGCCUUAUCCUGAGGCGAGGUAGGGAUAGUGGGUGGGGGAUCCCCUGGGAGGGAAGAGCCUGAGAGAAAGGGGUUCCUGCCAGGGGGCAGCACCCCAGCUAAAAGGGCACUGGGGUCCAGGGAGGGACACAGGGCCAGAGGACAGGCGGAUCACCAGUCUGCAGAUGGUGCUCCAGGAUGCUGGAAGAGCUAAUUCCCAGAAGAGACCAGCAGGAGGCGUCGCAGGGUCAGAGUCGCUGAGGCCGGGGGUGCUCGGCUGGCGCACUCUGCCAGAACUGGGGCCAGAGUGAGCUGCUUGGCCGGUGCUGGACUGGGCCGCGCUGCGCCUUCCCGGAACCCUUCUCGCGCCCCCCGCCACCCCAGCUUACCUGCCAGCCUGCCUGCCCGCCCCUGCUUCUUUUCAGACUUCCCGCAAACCUCUGAUUCGCGGGAAGCAGGGGCGGGGGAGGAGCAGGGGGCGGAGCGUGCAGGGGAGGGGAGGAGGGAGAAGUGAGCUGGGGGCGGGGUGGAGAGCUGCGGCGCGGGGCCCUCUUAGAGCUGAAUCGGCUGAAUCGGCCUAAAGCCGGCCCUGCGGAGGGGUACUGGGCUAGGCCACUGGUGAUGGUUGGGGCUAUUGUGUGAGUGUUUUAAUGGCCGCUUUGCUGCACCUUGAUGGGUUUGUCCUGUGGCCUUUAAGGCCUGGCUGUCUCCCUCGGAGAGCUUUCACAGAGAACGUAUCUCCCCCUCUUCUGUUUGGUUUACAGUAAGAAAAUCAUUCCUAGAAUUAAGUUUAGCAGACUCUGUCCAUCCUACAUAUAAAGUAUAACCCCUGGCUGCUCUGUGGGGAUACCCUCGCACCGAGAAGCCCCACCUUGUAGAGGGCAGGGCUUUCUUGUCCUAGGGACUCCCAAGAUAACCUGGUAUCAAUACUACACACCUGCGUGACCUUCUGUCACCGCUCUGGUUGGGCUGCCCCUUCCAGUCGCCCCCUGCUCUGCUGUGAGGAAAUCCAAGCCUCUGUCCCUGAAUCCCGGGUGUUUUAAGGCUCCAGAGCCUGAACAGAGUCCAGCCACUGCCCAGUCAUGGGGUCCGUAGGCCCGCUGCUGCCGUGCAGAUCUGCAGUCUAACGCGCCCUUCUCAGAACUGGAACCUGCUCUCCAGCUGCCUCGCCCCGGCCUCAGUGUUAACCCUUCAGACUCCCCGGUACUUAAACACACCCUCUUCCCAGAACUCCACCCCAAGGCGGGAAGCUUCUGGUUUACACUGUCUCUCUCAGCAGCACACAAGCAGUUAUAAGCAAAUAACACACAGACACUUGGACAAGCACCUAAUACAAUUGCUGUUUUAUACCCCAAAGAGUACAAAUCACUUAGACACACCAACCAUCCUACCCACAAUGCCCCUCCCUA